AUGUCUCCACAAGUACCCAAGGCGACCUCCGCCGCUACGCCAUUCAAUGUAGGAUAUCCGAACAUCUCCUCCGUUGCUAUCAAUCCUCUGGCAAAAGCUCAGGCGAAGCUUUUCACUAUCAAGGACGCAGACAGUCUCGGUAUAGUCGAGAUCACCAAAGACGAUGGCAAUAAGGCACCCCUGGUAUCGGCUGAUAUCUCAAAGCAGGACAAGAAAUCUGCGCAUCAGUACUUUCCCAUCUUUCCAAAGGUGAGCGCAAAGAUUGAUCCAAGCGACGCGAAGCUGGUGAGACGAAGUGUCCCGACCGUAGAAUCCCCUGUUUUCUUUGCACUAGUCUUUGGCAAGGACGAGGUCACAUAUCAUCAGGGCGAGGAUACCGCUACCGCUGUCGGUGUGUUAUCAGCUAGUCACGGCUGCGAGACAAGGAGUCUGGAAGCAAGUAUUAGCAGCGUGGUCGAUGAUGUCGUCGUAACCAUUGGUGACCCAUGGAGGAUGUCAGCGGCAGCUUGGCAUGCCGUCUCGGCCUUUGCAGUUCCGUGA